AUGGAGAGCGGUAAUAUUCAAUUAGGCAGUUCGUCAGUAUGGAAGAACCAAGGUCGUAUGGAAGCUUUUUCGAGUUCUGCACGCGAAGAAGACGAUGAAGAAGCUCUCAAAUGGGCUGCCCUAGAGAAGCUUCCAACUUAUAAUCGUCUCAGGAAAGGUAUACUCACCUCGGCCAGUGGAAAAGCUAAUGAAAUUGAUAUACCAAAUCUUGGGUUUGAAGAGAGAAAGGACCUGGUUGAGAGAUUGCUCAAAGGCACUGACGACGGCAAUGAAAAGUUCAUGAUAAAGCUCAAGAAUCGUAUUGACAGCGUUGGAAUUGAGCUUCCCACAAUUGAAGUUCGGUUUGAGCAUCUAAACAUAGAAGCAAAGGCUUAUGGAGGAACCCGAGCAUUGCCUACUCUUUUGAACUGGAUUACUAAUAUAAUCGAGGGUUUCUUGACCAAUCUCCGUGUAAUUUCAAGUAGAAAGACAAACUUCUCUAUCCUUCACAAUGUUAGUGGAAUUAUAAAGCCUGGAAGAAUGACAUUACUAUUGGGUCCUCCAAGUUCCGGCAAGACCACACUGUUAUUGGCUUUAGCCGGAAAGCUUGAUCCAGAUCUAAAGCUGUCGGGAACGGUGACAUAUAAUGGCCAUGGAAUGAAUGAAUUUGUACCCCAAAAAACUGCUGCUUACAUCAGUCAAUAUGAUUUGCAUAUUGGAGAAAUGACUGUAAGGGAGACAUUAGCCUUUUCUGCAAGAUGUCAAGGGGUCGGAACUCGUUAUGAUAUGUUAGCUGAGCUAUGCAGAAGAGAGAAAGCAGCUUAUAUAAAGCCUGAUCCUGACAUUGAUGUGUUCAUGAAGGCAACAGCUAUAGAGGGCCAAGAAGUGAACGUAGUGACAGAUUACAUUUUGAAGAUUUUAGGACUAGAAGCGUGCGCUGAUACGUUGGUAGGAAAUGAUAUGUUGAGGGGUAUCUCUGGAGGACAAAGAAAGCGUGUUACAACAGGUGAGAUGCUCGUUGGACCUGCAAACGCUUUGUUCAUGGAUGAGAUAUCAACUGGCUUGGACAGUUCAACAACAUUUCAAAUUGUGAAUUCAAUCAAGCAAAACAUCCAUAUUCUUAAUGGAACCGCUGUCAUCUCACUUCUUCAGCCAGCACCAGAGACUUUUGACCUCUUUGAUGACAUUAUCCUUCUCUCCGAUGGCCAGAUUGUGUAUCAGGGACCUCACGAGCAUGUGCUUGAGUUUUUUCAAAUUAUGGGAUUUAAAUGUCCCGAUAGGAAAGGCAUUGCCGAUUUCCUACAGGAGGUGACAUCUAGGAAAGAUCAGGAGCAAUAUUGGGAAAGGAAAGAGGAGCCGUAUAAUUUUGUUACUGUUGAGCAAUUUUCCAAAGCAUUUGAAUCAUUCCAUGUCGGACAGAAACUUGGGGGGGAACUUUUAGUAACAUUUGACAAAAGACAGAACCACCCGGCAGCUUUAACAACUAGAAAGUAUAGUGCUAAAAUGGGAGAACUUUUGAAAGCUUGCAUCUCAAGGGAGAUUUUGCUCAUGAAGAGGAAUUCCUUUUUUUAUUACUUUAAGCUAACCCAAAUUACAUUUCUGGCAUUCAUUUCGAUGACAACGUUUCUACGGACCAAGAUGCACCACAACUCAGUAGAUGAUGCAGUAGUUUUUGCAGGUGCUUUGUUCUUUGCCAAUACCGUAGCUAUGUUUAAUGGGAUGGCAGAGCUUUCACUGACUCUUAUCAAGCUUCCCGUCUUUUACAAGCAAAGAGAUUUUUUCUUCUACCCUGCAUGGGUCUAUGCUCUUCCAACAUGGAUUCUCAAGAUACCUAUAUCAUUUGUAGAAGUUGCAAUUUGGGUGUUCAUGACAUAUUACGUAACCGGAUAUGAUCCAAAUCUUGGACGGUUCUUGAAGCAAUAUCUCAUAUUAUUGCUGGUUAACCAAAUGGCCUCUGGUUUAUUCCGUACUGUUGCAGCAUUGUGUAGGGACAUGAUUAUUGCCAACACUUUAGGUGCCUUUGCAAAUGUCAUGCUUUUUACACUAAGUGGCUUCGUUCUCUCUAGAGAUAAAAUUAACAAGUUGUGGAAAUGGGGCUACUGGAGCUCACCUCUAAUGUACGGUCAAAAUGCAGUAGUAGUUAAUGAGUUACUUGGGAAGCGUUGGAAACAUGUAUUGCCAAACUCAACAACGUCAAUAGGAGUUGCAGCUUUAAAGUAUAGAGGCUUCUUUACACACGCAUAUUGGUACUGGAUUGGAGCUGGGGCAUUGAUUGGAUUUGUGUUGCUUCUUAACCUUUGUUAUGUUCUGGCGCUCUCCUACCUAAACCCAAUUGGGAAAUUGCAAGCAGCCAAAGCAGAUGAUGUUGAGGGAAUUGCAGAGGAAAGUAAGUCGUGUUCACCAACCAUAUUAGAGAGUCUCAAUACAGAAGUUUCUGGUGAUGGUACUAACAUAAGGAAACAGGGAAUGGUUCUUCCAUUUGAACCACAUUCCAUAACCUUUGAUGAAAUCACAUACUCUGUUGACAUGCCACAGGAAAUGAAGACAGAUGGUGUUGUAGAGGACAAGUUGGUUCUUCUGAAGGGUGUGAGUGGUUCUUUCAGGCCAGGUAUUUUAACAGCUCUUAUGGGUGUUAGUGGUGCUGGGAAAACGACUCUCAUGGAUGUAUUGGCUGGUAGGAAAACUGGUGGAUAUAUUGAAGGAGAUAUUAAAAUUUCCGGGUAUCCAAAGAAGCAGGAAACAUUUGCUCGGAUUUCUGGAUAUUGUGAGCAAAAUGACAUUCACUCCCCUCAUGUUACUGUCUCCGAGUCAUUGAUAUACUCAGCAUGGCUUCGUUUGCCACCUGAAGUUAAAUCCGAAACCAAAAAGAUGUUCAUAGAGGAGGUGAUGAAACUUGUGGAACUCAAUCCAUUGAGGCAAUCACUUGUUGGGUUGCCUGGUAUCAAUGGUCUUUCAACUGAGCAGCGCAAGAGGCUGACUAUAGCAGUUGAGCUAGUAGCCAAUCCCUCUAUAAUAUUCAUGGAUGAACCAACUUCGGGAUUAGAUGCAAGAGCUGCUGCUAUUGUCAUGAGAACAGUUAGGAACACAGUGGAUACUGGUAGAACUGUUGUGUGCACCAUCCAUCAACCUAGCAUUGACAUUUUUGAAGCUUUUGAUGAGCUACUCCUAUUGAAGAGGGGAGGGCAGGAAAUUUAUGUGGGUCCAUUAGGUCACCAUUCUUGCAAUCUUAUCAGUUAUUUUGAGGAUAUUGAAGGAGUCGGUAAAAUAAAAGAUGGUUAUAAUCCAGCGACAUGGAUGUUAGAUGUUUCGACCUUAGCACAAGAAUUCGCUUUGGGAAUUGAUUUCGCUCAAGUUUACAAGCAAUCAGCAUUAUACAGGAGAAAUAAGCAACUCAUUGCCGAAUAUAGCUUGCCUUCUGCUUCCUCAAAUGAACUGUCUUUCCCUACUCGAUACUCCCAACCAUUUAUCAUGCAAUUUAUGGCUUGCUUAUGGAAACAGCAUUGGUCAUACUGGCGUAACCCACCGUACAAUGCAGUGAGAAUUCUUUUCACGAUAAUCAUCGGAUUAAUGUUUGGGACAAUGUUCUGGAAUCUUGGCUCCAAAACGAAAAGAAAACAAGAUCUGUUAAAUGCAAUGGGUUGCAUGUACACUGCUGUUCUCUUUCUGGGGGUCCAAAAUGCAUUUUCGGUGCAACCUGUAGUUUCUGUUGAAAGAACAGUCUUUUACCGAGAAAAAGCAGCAGGGAUGUAUUCAGCCUUGGCUUAUGCAUUUGCACAGGUUACAAUUGAGCUUCCAUAUGUUUUGGUACAAGCUUUGGUUUAUGGGGUUAUAACUUAUCUAAUGAUUGGAUUUGAGAGGAAGUUUGUUAAGUUUUUCUGGUACAUAUUCUUCACGUACUUCUCACUGGCGUAUUUCACAUUUUAUGGGAUGAUGACUGUGGCUGUUACUCCAAACUAUCAAAUUGCUUCUAUUGUUUCCACUUUGUUUUAUGGAGCAUGGAAUCUCUUUGCUGGUUUUAUUAUUCCACGGCCGAAGCUUCCCAUAUGGUGGAGAUGGUACUACUGGGCAUGUCCAAUAGCCUGGACAUUGUAUGGAUUGGUCGUAUCACAGUUCGGAGAUCUAGAUGAUUUGCUCGACAGUGAUGAAACAGUGAACCAGUUUUUGAGACAGUAUUUUGGUUUCAAACAUGAUUUUUUGGGAGUUGUUGCAGUAGUGGUCGUUGGAAUUGCCGUACUAUUCGCAUUUGUCUUUGCCUUUUCUAUUAAAACGUUCAACUUCCAGAAGCGUUAG